AUGCGAGUCCACAUACAAUUGCUCCUUGCAGCAGUUGCAAUCACGCAUGCUACCAAAAUCGAGCCAACAACUUUUGUCGGUGUGAGCACGAGUAAUUCAUCUACUGAGUCAAGCUCUACUGCGGCUAGAGAGAAAGGCGACGGGAUGACGAAUGUGAACGUUUUGGUAAAAGAGGUUCUUGCCAAAGAGAAGACAAGAAGAACUAUUACCACUAGUAGUCCGACUAAACCCUCUGAAGAGUCAACUUCUACUGCGGGUAGAGACGAUGGCGAAAGGAUGUUCGCGAGGUUAAGUGAAAUGGUCGAAAAGGCAAAGGGUGCAGUAAAAUCCAAUGUCGUUGGAAAAACCGAAAUUUCACAAGAAAAAGCGUAUGAAAUGUUUUUAAAAGUGGUUAGAAAGCAUAAUGAUGAACAAGUAUAUAAAAAAUUGAAGAAGAAAUUUGAUGACAAACAAAUUGCAAAGCUCAUCGAACAUGCAAAGACACAAAAUUCUCAUAACGACGUCGUUAUAAAAUUGGAGAAUGCGCAAAUGGAGUAUUGGCUGAAGAAGAAGAAGCAAUCUGCUCAUGAUGUGUUUGAACUGCUGGGACUGACCAAGGCUAAAAAUGACCUGCUUGAUCAUCCUCUCUUCCAUUAUUGGAGUACAUACGUGGAAAGGUUCAACAAGGAACCCUCUCAAGAGAAAAUGAGUGUUUUUGACAUUUUGAUGUCCGAGUACAAGAACAAUGAUGCAGCUUUGGCACGCCUAAUAGUCAAUGCGAAAAAGAACAAGGAGAACAAAGAGAUUAACAAAAAUGCUGUAGCAUUGGGGGAAGAGCAACUUAAUUAUUGGCUGAGAAAGGGUGAAUCUGUUGAUGAAGUGUUCGAGCUGCUGAGACUACAUACAGUUGAGGAUAGCGUGCUUACUAAUCCAGUCUUCAAUCAAUGGUACUUUUACUUUGAGAUGGUCAAUGCGAAACAUGGCAACAAGGAAUCGGUCAUCGACUUCUUGAGCAGUAAGAAGGGGACGAGCUUUGAGGGUUUUAUGAAGGACGAGCUGGAAAAGGCAAACCUUGAAACAAAAAGCAGAGUUGAUGAACUGUUCGUGGAUCUGAGACUGGAACAAGUUGGUGACGGCCUGUUUACUGAUCCACUCUUUAUGUUUUGGCGUGCCUGCUUGGAGAAGUUCAAUGCGGCACAUCCCAAAAAGUCCCGAACAAGUGUUAUCCAGUCGUUGCGAACCGUUUACGGUGACAAAGGACUAGUCGGCCUUAUUAAUGCUGAGCGAAAGGUCACGGACUCCGUAAAAUACGCUAGUCGUUUGAAGAACGAUCUAUGCGCGACCUGGCUGUCAGAUGGAAAGUCAUUAGACGACGUGUUCAAGUUUCUUGAUCUUAACCGUGCAGACUAUAAGUUGUUGGAAGACCCUUCGAUGAAGACAUUUGCCAGGUUCACACAGGUUGUCAGUAUGGACAGAAAAGAACUUCUACUGACGAGGGAGGAAAGCUUCGAGGAGAACGAGAUUUUUCGAGGUACAAAAUUUGCAUCAAGUACAGGAGGGUUGGAGUCUACACCUUUGGAAAAGGCUCUCUUUCGACUGUGGUUUACCCAAAAAAAACAUCCAGAAGAGGUCUACAAGAUGUACUUUGGCAAAGACAAAUUGGAAAGAAUUUUGAGAGAUGAGGGUAAUCUGUUUGAAAUUCCUCUCUUCAUCACUUUCGUCAAGUACUCGGAAGGUUAUUCCAGAACCAAAAGACUUGCAACAGAUGACGAAGUGAUUGAAACAAGCGAAGAAAGGCCGUGGGUUACUGACCCAACAUAUAUGGUCAAGUACGUAGAUCGUGAGUUCGACGUGUCAUUACUGUUACAGAAUCAAUUCGCUUACAAGAUGGACAAAUUGGGCGAAAUGAUUAUGUCGGUGAAAGAGUCAUCGAGCAACUCCGUGAAAGCGUCAUCAAGUAAGCCCAUAAAAGCGUCAUCGAGUAAGUCUACGCUUUUUGCUGUUAAACGAGUGGAGGAUGGUUUGUUUCAGUUUUGGAAUCUUGAAUUGUCACUAGAUAAAGUUUUUAUAUUUUUGGGGCUGAAUACCAAGAUGACGCCUGCAGAGCUGUUUGAAAACCCUUCAUUUCGUUGGUGGAUGGAUUAUGCGGAUACUUUCUUUAAACAAGCCACGCGUACUGACAAAACAGGAACACCCUUGAUGGAAGUAUUUGAGCCUUCAACUAACCUUGCUUGGCUUAGAAAUGCGCGAGAAGAAGAAAAUACGAAAGAGUUAGCUGACAGGGUGUGGACCAAUCUGCUGAAGGAACAUUUACAAGCCGAUACCAGCCCGGAAAUAUUCAAGACGAAGCUCAUGAUACCGCCAGAAUCAAUCCACGACAAGAAAGAUUUGAAAGAGUACGAACAUCUCUGCGAGAAGCAAAGCGAAAAACGGGAGGGAGCAAAGAAACUGGAGGAAGAGGAGCUAAAGAAAAUGGAGCAAGAAAUGAAGACAAAGAGGGAGGAAGAUUAG